CUCUCGUACACAAUCAUCAUGGCGGCGAGUUACCUUGUCAGUCGUGCUGUAAAUUCGUUAGGUAUUCACUUCCAGCAUGUUUGUAGGAACGUUCUCAUCACACAGACUCGAGAGAAAAAACGAUGGAUGAGGGCUUAUGUGCGCUUGAUGCAAAAAAAGCUGAAGAUAGAAGGACCACCGCCACCGAAGCCACGCUCUCAGCAGCCCAACUGGGACUACCAUGCAGAGGUCGAGGCCUUCAGCAAUAGACUUCAAGAGAACUUCUCCCUGGAGCUCCUGAAGACCGCGUUCGUUAACCCCUGCUACGUACAGACCGAGGAGGAGAGGCGGCGCACGCUCGGCGUGGAUGCCGAGACUGCUGCCCUCAGCCUGAAGGACAACACAGAGCUGCGGGGUAAGGGCUGGGACUUCUCCUGCAGAUCCCUAUCCGAUUGGUGCAGGGGCAGCUUCCCAGCCCUGCCUGAGGAGGGCGUGGCUGCAGUGGUGGGUCACCUGACCGGUCCUGAUGUUGUGUGCCACGUGGCGCGGAACCUUGCAGUGGAAGACCUGACGCUGAGCGGUCAGUUCCCUGUGCCAGACGACGUCCUACACACCACAUUCUUCGCCAUGAUUGGAGCACUCCAUGAGAGCUGUGAGACAGAAAGGACACAACUGUUCCUCCGGGACUUCCUGGUUCCGCAGCUGAUAGGCAAGGACCUGUUUGAGAUGUGGGAGGUGUUGAAUCCCAUGGGGCUGUUGGUGGAGGAACUAUCCCGCAGGAAGCAGGCCCUCCCCGAGCCUCGCCUCACCAGGUCGGCUGGUGCCAGCACUGUACUUCCCCUCUACUUUGUGGGACUUUACAGUGAUAAGAAGCUACUGGCUGAAGGUCCAGGAGAGACCAUUUUGGCUGCAGAGGAGGAAGCUGCACGCGUGGCCCUAAGGAAGUUGUAUGGAUACACAGAGAACCGCCAACCCUGGGACUUCUCCCCCAAAGUCCAGCCCCCUGCCCCAGCUGUCCGUGCCCUCCACAGCUCGUAGAGGAACCUGCCACUGCAGACCAGGGGGGUCACAGGGAAUUUGGGGUCAGUGCUGAGCAUCUCCCGCGCAUCUCCCCCAGAACCCCUCCGGUGUGGUGAUCAGAGAUUCAGUAUGAUACCAGGGAUGUAAAGCAAAUCACAGCUGCUGGUGUACCACUCACAAGCGCUCAGAUGCUACAGAAGAAUAAAGGCAGUAUCUCUGUGGAUGAUUAUUACAUGUGCAACAUGUUCGUAAGUAAUAAAACUAUAUU